UAUUCGAUCGUUUGGCUCCGUACGAACCGCUCGUGAACACCGUGCAUAGAAGAGAGCGUGUGCAUCGAAACGAAAGUGUCAAAACAUUGAACGAACAUUUUUGUUAUGAUUUCUCGGGUUCAAGGAACCUCAAUUCGCGUGUCUGUCUCGAGCUUAUCGUGUUGAAAGGGAAUUUUUCUUUCAUUCUUGCUGGCGGGAAAGCUAAUUACCCCGCGAUUUUCACCGAUGUUAUUGCCCACUACCGGUCCAGCGGUUGACUUCCAGUCCGAACUUUAUAACGGGGUUGUGGAAAAAACCAAACUGCUCAGUGCGAGAUGUCUUGGAAAAACUGCGGGAAACCCAAGAAACGAGUUUUCAACAAGAAGGAAUAAGUUUCGGUUCUGCGUUUGUACCGGUCCCAGGAAAAACAAAAAUACCACCAAGUGGUAUGUGAAGCAGCCAACAUGGCGAUUGUGGGGCGAGGAGAAAGCAGAUGGCGCCCUUUACACAGUCUACCUCAAGAAAGUACGUUACCAUCGUCCCACCAGAAGCUUAUCAUCAUCCCAUUCGGAUUCGGACGACGAGAUCUCUCAUCUGGAAUGGGAGACGGUGAGGGUGAGGUUCGUAAAGGCCGGCACCCUGAAGAAGCUGGUGGAGGCGCUGUCGACCGACGACGGCGAGCUGGAGACCACCUACAUCAACGUCUUCCUGGCCACCUACAGGAGUUUCUCGACCCCUCGCGAGGUGCUCAAAUUGCUGCUGCAGAGGUACGAGGAAUUGUCCGAUCUGCCAGUCAACGGCGAGACCGAUCAGCACGAACAGCAUAAAAAAACUCUGGUGUCCGCCCUACACGUAUGGCUCGACAGUUACCCAGAGGACUUCAGGGACCCUCCAAACCACCCGGCUCUCAGACACUUGCUCAGUUUCUGCGAGGAUUACCUUCCAGCAACCGAGCUCGAUGCCAAGGUCCGCCACAGAUUGGAUAGGUAUACGAGGGAGGCCCACGUCGAUCCGCUGCUGCUGACGCAGUCUACGUUCGCCCUCAGGAACGCUGCGGUCGGCUGGAGGACCUACAAGUUGCCGGACGUGCCCAUCAGGACGUUUGCUGAGCAGCUGACUAGGAUGGACGUGGACCUCUUCAAAAAACUUGUACCGCACCAGUGCCUUGGAGCAGUAUGGUCCAGAAGGGACAAGAGCAGAUCCCACGAAGCCGCUACCGUCUUGGCCACAGUCAACCAAUUCAAUGCGGUCUCCUUUAGGGUAAUAUCCUCAAUUCUAGUCGAAUCGUCUCCGCGAGCUAGUGACCGAGCUCAAAUAAUAUCAUGUUGGAUAGACAUAGCUCAAGAUCUCAGGUUGAUAAAAAACUUCUCCAGUCUCAAGGCCAUCAUCAGCGGCCUGCAAAACAACCCUAUUUACAGGCUGCAGAAGACCUGGCAAGCGGUGCCGAAGGAGAAGAUCGAGCUGUUCGACGAGCUGGCCAGGAUAUUCAGCGAGGACAACAACCAGUGGACCCAACGGGAUAUAUUGAUGAGAGAAGGCACGGCCAAAUUCGCCGAUACGGUUGGAGUAAACGAUAAACAACUCCAGAAGAUCUUUCAGAGGCAGAACAACUACACGGCGAACAUCUCCUUCGGAACCAUCCCGUAUUUGGGCACCUUCCUGACGGAUCUGACCAUGAUCGAUACCGCCAUCUCGGACACCAUUGGAGAAGGCCUCAUCAACUUCGAUAAAAGGAGGAAAGAGUUCGAGGUUCUGGCCCAGAUCAAACUGCUGCAAGGAGCCGCCAACGCCUACCACUUCGAGGUAGACCCGGCUUUCGAUAGGUGGUUCGACUCCCUGCUGGUCUUAGACGACAGGGAGGCCUACCAGUUGAGCUGUCAGAUAGAACCGCCGGUGCAGAACAAGAACAACAAGAAACACCACCAGAAACACCAGAAAAACGAUUCGAUCGCUUCGACGUCGAGCAGCAACAGUUCUCAGUUCUACUGUGAGGUGGACAGCAUGCCCAGCUCACCGCACAACAGCAUAGAUAGGAAAUUGAGUCCUUCGCAGAUGUCCAACUCCAGUAGCAGUUCCUCUUUGCGAUCCCUGGACAUGUCGCUGAACAGUUCGCAUUCUGGAAGUGCGAACAAUCGUCUGCAGGUGCCGUACAAUACUACGGGGACGCUGAGUCCCAGCUACAGUCAGAAGAGCAGUCCGGACUUCUACAUUAUCAAGGUUACCUACGAGACGGACAGCGUCGAAACUGAGGGUAUAGUCAUGUACAAGAGUAUUAUGUUGAGCAACAACGAGAGGACGCCCCAGGUGAUUAGGAACGCUAUGUAUAAGUUGGGUUUGGAAGGAAAUCCCGAUCAGUAUAGUCUAGCGCAGGUUCUUCCUGAUAAAGAAAUGAUUCUGCCAUCCAACGCCAACGUGUAUUAUGCAGUAAACACGGCGUUCAACCUCAACUUCAUUCUUCGCCUGAAGAAAAAUGAAGAAAACGAUAGCACAAACAAAAAAGGAAAAUCGAAGAGCUAGCAUAGGAAAUUGCUCAUAAGACAAAAUUCGUUUUGAAUGCGUUUAUGAGUUUGCAUUUCAUUCAUAUAUUUUUUUUCCAAUUCGGAAUAUACAGGAGGGAAUGUAAAUGUUAACAAAUAACAUCUGUGAUAAUAUUACAAAAUACUCUGAAAUUGCAUCACUCUAUUUAUUGUUAGCUUAGUAAGUUUCCUUCAUGAUUAAUGUUUUUAAAGCUUUACCUUGAUUUAAUUAUUGUUUUAUAUUAUAUUACUUGAAUGUCAAAGAAAUAGUACAAUAUAAUUGAAGUGGUAUAUAUUGCUAUUAAAUUCACAACGUAUAUUUAUUCAUUUUUUAUUUGGCUAUUGCCUUGAAUUAACCACUUCAAAAUGUAAUUUGAUGAGCUAGUGCAAUCUGAAAAAUAUAUGAAAUUAUCGCUUAUCAGAAGACUAAAAAGGUGAAUCAUGAACAAAUUUAAUACUUUAAUAAAAAAUGUACUCUUACAAACAUUAUGACCAAUAAUCGCACAGUGACCAACUAAUGAAGAUAAUUGGUUAAUUACCUAGUUCAAUAUCGAUAUGAAAUAUCAUUUUUAGAAGAUGUGACAAUUUUAUGAAGAUUUGAUAAUCUACUUAGUAUGUACUUAAUUAGGACAAUGUAAUUUUCGAAAAUGAUAUUUAUGUAGAUACUUUUUAAUGUAUUUUUGUAUUAAAGAUUUAUUAAUAGAA